GGGCGGGAGUGAGGCGGGCGGGCGAAGUUUCUCCGCGGCGCCGGGCCUUUCCGAGGGACAGCCGGGAGGGAAGGACCUGGCCCCGUGGUGCUGGGGUAGUUGCUGCCGCCGCCGCCACCAGAGCAGCCCGGCUUUGGCCAUGAAGAGGAAACAGAAGAGGUUUCUGCAAAUGACGCUGCUCUUCACCGCGGCGCUGAUUUUCUUGCCCGACAUCGGCCUCUGGUCUCUCUACAAGGAGAAGCACCUGGUGAAGCCCGCGGAUCCCGCCGAGCCGCAGACAAUUCCAUUGGGGCUCGGAGAUGGACAGCUCUUUAUCUGGACUGAUGGCUUAAAAAGGAAGGACUGGCAUGAUUAUGAAAGCAUUCAAAAAGAUGCUAUGCGUUCAGGGAAAGGUGAACAUGGAAAGCCAUACCCUCUUACAGAGGAAGACCAUGAUGAUUCUGCAUAUAGAGAAAAUGGCUUCAACAUAUUUGUUAGCAACAACAUAGCACUGGAGCGAUCCCUGCCAGACAUCCGACAUCCUAACUGUAAGCACAAGGUGUACUUGGAAAAGCUACCAAAUACUAGCAUAAUUAUCCCAUUUCAUAAUGAAGGCUGGACUUCACUCCUGCGAACAAUACACAGUAUUAUCAACCGCACUCCAGAUAGCCUCAUAGCAGAAAUCAUUCUUGUGGAUGACUUCAGUGACAGAGAACAUUUAAAAGAGAAGCUGGAGGAAUACAUGGUCCGUUUUGGCAAAGUGAGGAUUGUACGUACCAAGAAACGAGAAGGGCUCAUUCGGACCAGACUGCUAGGAGCCUCGCUGGCUAGAGGAGAAGUCUUGACAUUUCUGGAUUCCCAUUGCGAAGUCAACGUGAAUUGGCUGCCUCCCUUGCUUAACCAGAUUGCACUAAACCACAAAACCAUCGUGUGUCCUAUGAUCGAUGUCAUUGACCACAAUCACUUUGGCUACGAGGCACAGGCGGGGGAUGCCAUGCGAGGAGCUUUUGACUGGGAAAUGUACUACAAAAGAAUACCGAUUCCUCCAGAGCUCCAGAGAGCUGAUCCCAGCGACCCCUUUGAGUCUCCUGUGAUGGCUGGAGGUCUAUUCGCUGUCAACCGGAAAUGGUUUUGGGAGCUGGGAGGCUAUGAUCCAGGAUUAGAAAUAUGGGGAGGAGAGCAGUAUGAAAUCUCCUUUAAGGUGUGGAUGUGUGGAGGUGGCAUGUUUGAUGUUCCAUGCUCUCGAGUUGGGCAUAUCUACAGGAAGUAUGUCCCAUAUAAAGUCCCUUCUGGAACCAGCCUAGCACGGAACCUGAAGCGUGUGGCAGAGACUUGGAUGGAUGAGUUCGCAGAGUACAUUUACCAGCGACGGCCUGAGUAUAGACAUCUCUCCACUGGUGAUAUCUCUGCCCAGAAGGAACUUCGCAAGCACCUGAAAUGUAAAGAUUUCAAGUGGUUCAUGGCUGCAGUGGCUUGGGAUGUCCCCAAAUACUACCCUCCUGUGGAGCCUCCACCUGCUGCCUGGGGAGAGAUACGAAAUGUGGCAGCCAACCUCUGUGUGGACAGUAAACAUGGAGCCACAGGGACUGAGCUGAGGCUGGACAUCUGUGUGAAGGAUGGCUCAGAACGAACAUGGUCACACGAACAGCUCUUCACUUUUGGUUGGAGAGAAGACAUCCGCCCUGGAGAGCCCCUUCACACCAGGAAGUUCUGCUUCGACGCCAUUUCACACAGUAGCCCUGUCACACUGUAUGACUGUCACGGGAUGAAGGGAAACCAGCACUGGACCUAUAGGAAGGACAAAACUUUGUUCCAUCCGGUAAGCAGCAGCUGCAUAGAUUGCAACCCAGCCGAGAAGAAGAUUUUCAUGAACAGAUGUGAUCCUUUAUCUGAAACCCAGCAGUGGAUUUUUGAACAUAUUAAUAAGACUGUUUUAGAAAACUUUAACAGCAAGGCCAGUUCCUAGGGAAAAAAAAAAAAUUCAAAAAAAGAAACAAUGAACGCACCUAAUUCCGUACAGACUGCAGACUACACUUUCGCCAGCAUCUGGGUCAAAGGAGUCAGGAAUUAAAUUUCCUAGAUCCAGGAAAUCUGUUCUGAGGAUUAAGAAAAUGCCACAGCAAGAGCCAGCAGGCUGUCCUUGUGGAUGUACAGUAUCUGGAGAACUUGGCCAAGAGCCUCACCGGAUGCUGCUGAGAACUUCAGGCUGAAAAUUCCCUUGCUGGUCGAGGGAAAAACUUUGUUUAAAAACUGUUUAAAAGUACUCCAAGUUAAUAAAGUAAAACAAAACUCGAGUUUCUCAGGUCAAAUCCUGCUGUAGUGAGUAGCUCAGAACAGAUGCUAUAAUUUGGGAUGGGUAUAUCAUGUGCAUGAUGGCUACAGGAACCUGAAGAAAUACCAGGUUUUAGAAUUAAACAUGCUGGUAGAAGAAUAAUGAUGUCCCAGCAGUCUCUAGACAAGAUAUAUGCUCUAUUGACAUUCUCUUAAUAAAAGGUUGGGUUAAGCAGGUUUAACCUUCAGAACUGCUGCAAUUAAUUUUAAAUACCUCCCUUUUACAGUCCAUUCAUUACCAAAAUAGGAACAUUAGAAAUCUUAGGGUCUAGGAUUACAUUGUAGUGAAGCAUGAAAUAAACUGUAAGGUUUUGCUCUCACAUUUCCCCCUUCAGGACAAAAGGUAAAGCAAUCAAAUUUCUAUACAUGAUAUAUUUAGCAAUUGUGAUUCAAAUCGCAUUGUCACACAAGGUGAGAUUUUUUUCUUAGUGACAAAUGUAACAGCAGCAGCUGCAGCAUAAUGGAAGGCUUGUGGAGUAGCUAUCUCUUCUAAAGGUAGAAUCUUUACCAAACUAUAAAUUAAAAUGAAAAUAGGCUGGGCUGGGGGUAAAAAUCAGGAAAGUAGGAAAUAACUGCAUACUGCAUGCAGAACUAGGUUAGUCAAGUUAACAUUGGUACACUGCCAUCACCUAAAAAGCGUGUUGACUCCCUGCAGCACAGCUUUGAAGAUCUUGCAGAGAUGUUGUAGUGCUCUUGACAGAUGGGAGUGGAGAGAAAAAUUGGCAUGGAUCUAGUUGGGUGUUUUUGGAGUUUUUUGUGAAAUCACAUGAACUUUCCAGAGUUAGCAAAUGAAUGCUAUUGUAGGUCUCAUGAUGGAGGAAACAAGAAGUGCAAACAAGUCAAAUGUUACAGUAUUUUGGUACUUCAGGCACAGGCACGAUUCAGGGUAAGACAGAAUUCUUCACACUGAUGAUCGUUAUGGCCUGUUGUGUCCCUCGGGCCCACCAAGCUGUUGGCAUGAGAGACCUCUAAAACUUGUUUGGGGGCCUAUGGUUCUUCUCAGCAGAAAUCAGUUAAUCCUGAUAUGUGGAUACUGAUUGAUAGGUCUGGGAUUUUUCAAGGUAAGAGAAAGUAUAAAUUUAUAUCAAGUAGGUAUGUGGUCAGCUUUUACUUGAAAGAUGAAUUUACAGAUGAAAGCACCGUAAAUGCAGAUAGAUCACAUCCUCUGUGCUGUAACAGUACUUUCAAGUUCCAAAAAAUAUCGUAUGUUAUUAAGUUGCUUGUUCUGAUUGCUGGAGAAGUGGCUGACUAACCAGAAUACUGAUGUGCUGUCUAUCCUGUUUUGAGGGAGUAAGGUGACUGGUUUUUUUAUUGCUCCUUAAGCUGUGUUUAUGCACAAAGAGCAUUGAUUGCAUCCAGAGGAUGGUUCUAGUACCAAUAACUGUGCUAUUUUAUGUCAGCACCUUGUAGUUGUAGGUUGAGGCCCAAACUUGUAGGUUAUAGGAACUUUUUAGGAAGGAAAUGAGAUCCAGCAGUAUUCAGGAUGUAUGCACUUGGACAGUUGUGAAAUGUGUCCAUACAUGGAGCACUUGCUGCAAGAUAGUGAAGAGGUCUUUCAAAUAAUCUGAAAGAAAUGUAUCUAUAGAGUUAGACUUCUCAUUUUAUGAUUUUAAAAUAGGUGAUCUUGUUUAGGUAUUGUUUAAUUUGAAGAUAUGGUGCGCUCAGGAAUGGAAGCAGUAAAGCUACUCUAUGAGGAUACUUCAGAUUUGUUUGGCUAUCAGUACACAGGACCAGGCUAGACACUGCAGACUGUCAGCCUUCCCUGGUGCAGUGUUUGCAGCAUCAUUUAUUUGCCACCUGAACAUGAGGAAAGAGGAUUUGGAAAAAGAAGAAAACGGCUGCCUACAAUGUAAAUGCAGCCCUCAAACUGUUGACUGUAACUGGCCCCAAACUGUCAAAGUUCCAGAAACAACACUGUAUCCCCAAAAUAGAGAGGCAAAGGGGAGUUGCAAACCAGCUAAGCAGCUUACCAGCACAGGCUGGUAGGAUUGUAUCAUUCAGUGUCUGACUGCAUUUCAGUGGUUUGAUUUUGAAACGUCUAAUGGGAACUAGACUUUUGUUGAGGCAAAGAAAUUCUAUGUCUGUUACAACCCUUGCUGAGUAAUAUUGCACAGCACUUUGCACUGCCUAAAGAAACCUUCCCAUUACUCAUAGCUGGACACUAAUCGUAAGCUCUAGCAGUCCUUGUCAGAAAACAAUCCACGUAACAGAUACUGAGAUGUUUGGGGAGGAGAGAAGGAAAUAUGAUCUACGUAUGUAUGUUUUCAGGUUUUAUCUAAGAAAAAAAUAUAUAAAAAUAUAUUGGAGUUUGUUGUGGAUCAAUAGUGACCAACUGUUGAUCAAUCUGAAAGUAUAAAGGUUAAAUGAAGGUCUAUAUCUUGAGGAAAGUUGAAUGAGAACUUGUCACAGUGAGUGAGGCAUAGAAACACACACACACACACAUAUAUGUGUGUGUGUAUAUGCAUAUGUAUAUGUGACCAGUGGAAAGAAGUAGGUGGAGGAGAGAAGUUUGUUUUCACUUCAUGGGCUGAUCUUUCAAAUAUUUAGUAUAACCAGAGGCAUGCAUGAAAAAAUGCUAGGACACAAUUAGACCUCUAGAGAAGACAGUUAUCUCACUGUUUUCAGCUUGAGCAAAUUACUCUUUGUUAAAAACUGAGACAAAAAAAGCUAGCAUGCAGCUUCACCAGAGACAGGUGUAAUCCUCCUACUAUGGGUAGAAGGUAAGCCGAGGGACAGAGUUCUUCAGUGUUGUGCUCCUAUAACAUUUGGCAUGAUGGAUUCACAAAAUGGUUAUGACUUGCUAAGCACAGGACUCCUUCAGCAGGAAGUUUUAUUAAUAAUAAAUGAUCAUUUAAAAUUAAA